UUUGUCUAUAUCCGUCAGCUAAUAAAGUGGACAUUGCUUACAAAGGAAUUAGUCAGAUACUUUCUGUUGUAUAUAACGCAUAUUACUUAUAAGAAGGAAAAUUUGAAAGGAUUUUUCAUAUUUAAAUAUACUUAUGAUCGAUCAGCUGUUUUUGUUUACAUGAAGACAUUUAAAUCUAUUUUUGUACACAAAGAAGAUACGUCAAAAUGCGAAAAUUAUAUUUAGGGACACGACAAAUUCCAGGGGACAGAAGACAGUGGUGCAUUCAUAAUGGAUACAAUUAAAGAUUGAUUAAAACAAAGGUGAAAAACACAAGAAAAAAACACUCAGCACACGAAGAAAGAUGGAUAAAAAUACACGACGACAUUUCAUCACACUACUGGAUACGAAUCCUGAUAGAUUUUUACAAGAACUUUCGUCCGGAAUAAAAGCAAAUUCAAACGAAAAAGUCCGCGAACUGCUCACUAUAAUGGAAAACAAAUGUAGUCCUUUACACUGCAUGAAACAAUACCGCGAAGGUGAAGAUAAAAGUGAGACUUUACUUCAUAUGGCCGUAAAAUACGAAGAUGAUUUUGAUAUUAUAAAGAGAAUAAUUGAUUUAUGUCCAGACUUGCUGUCUCUGGCAAGGGAAACGUCCGAGAACUACCAAGGACAAACACCACUUCAUAUCGCAAUAACUAGAGGCGAUGAUAAUGUAACAGAAUUAUUGCUUUCGUCGUCGAAUUUAGAAUCGGAGAGAAAGCAGUAUUCAAGCCGGACGAAAUUAACUAUGAUUAAUACACCAGCAGUUGGCCGAAUAUUUGCUAAUACGGUAAUGAUGGGUGAACUACCAUUAAGUGUUGCGGCAUUAACUUUUAACGAAACCAUCGUGGAUCUCUUGUUAGAUCAUGGUGCUAAUAUGCAUUCUGAAAACAGUUGUGGGGACACUGUUUUACAUUCUCUGGUAAAAUACGCUGCUGUUUAUCCAAACAAAACUGACAAUGUUAUUCACAUGUUUACAUACCUCAUAGAAAGGAUGAGAGAGAGUAAUUCAAGUCAUGGUCGAUACCAAGGCAUUGAUACCGACAUAUUCUUAAAAGAAGAUUCAUAUGUCUGGUUUUUGAAAAACGACGAAUUUCUAACGCCAUUGCAACUAUCCGCUAAACUAGGAGUUGUUGAAAUUUUUCAAUUUAUAAUUAAUCUUGAAAACGUCUACUCAUUUGUAAGCACACACGACGGACUGUUUGACGUAAAAUUGUAUGAUAUCACCGAAAUUGAUACGGUUGCUAAUCACCACGUGGCAUCAACUACUACCGCAAACGAAGGCUACGGAAGUAAAAAGGUUUCCAGAAAUAUUGACGGUGUUUCUCGUACAAGUAUCAAGUCAAAAACGAAUUGCAACCCUUUUAAAUGCAGUCAGUUUGAUAAUCCAGAAACUGAGUCAAUUUUAGAAAUGAUGUUUGAUUUCGACUACCAGAGUCAUUCUGCCUUCAGAAUAAUUGAAACGAUACCAGUAAAGAAUAUAAUUCUUGAAAAAUGGCAGAAGUUAAGGUACAUUUAUUUCAUAUGGGGCUUUCUGCAUGUGUUAAUGACCGUGUUUUUAACUAUGGAAAUAGUCAUCAGGUCCGAGUUAUAUGCCCUCAAAACUGCUUCAAACACAAGUACACUCGAAAUUACUGUCCCGGACGCAUCUAGGACUUUUGCUGAAUUUGUAUCCUGGAUGAGUGUCGUUCUUGGUGGUGGUGUCUAUUGCUUAAUGGUUCUUUUGUUGCUGAUUGCAAAGAAAAGGAGACCGAAUACACUUCGAUAUAUUUUUCACAACUUAGGAUACGUAUUUUUUUUAAUUGCGUUUUCUGUAAGUUUAUUUGUUGACUUUUUCAUGACAAGAACCAAAAGCACACACGACAAUAUUGCUUUGAUACUAGCCGUAAUUGCUGGUUGGUGGUUUUCCGUAUUUUUCUUACGUGCUAUCCGGCUAUUUAGUUUUUUCACAGAAAUGAUUCGAAGAGUCAUUAUAGGAGAUCUUUUGCGAUUUUCAGUCAUUAUUUCAUUCAUGUUGUUUGCAUUUACAGCAGGCAUGUAUGCCGUUUUUGUCGGUGCUGUUAGUUUAGAUCAGCAAACUCCUGCAUAUGAGGAAGCUGUAACUGAACACUUUAGUAGUUUUGGAGGUGCCAUGUUAACUAUGUUUAAACUAAUGUUAGGUUUGGAUGAUUUUGGAGUUUUAAAUCAAGCCAGAAUUCCAGGUUUAGCAAUAGCGCUUUACAUAGUGUUUGCGUUGCUUACUUACGUGCUGUUAAUAAAUUCACUUAUAGCCAUGAUGUCACAGACAUGCGCAGUGGUUCUUGAAGAUAGAUACCCACAAUGGCGACUGCAACAACUUUCUGUCGUGUUAUUCCUAGAAGAUCUCUUUUGUUUAUCUUGCAUUCGACAUAUAUUUGGAUCUCCGGGAACAGAGAAAGAAAUCCGCGGAUUUGACCCAGUUUCAAAGCAAAAUAAAAUUUACAGUCGAUACUUUUUAAAAAUACAUUCGUUACAAACAAACUAUGCCUCAGAGGAAGAUCGAGAAGCUAUGAAAAAGACAGAGAAAGAAAAAGAGCCAAUCCGAAUGGACGGAUCGUUACGGUCUGAUCAAGGAACAUUAAAUUAUCUUUUGAAAACAGGAUAUGCACCGUCCAUUCGUAGACGGACCACCCGUAGAAUGAACCGACCGGAAAUGGAAACGCCAUCUAUAAGCAUUGAUGAUGUAAGUAGUACACAACGAAAGAAAUCACCCAGAAGAAAUAAGCAUCUCAGUAGAGUGAGGGAAGAAGAGGAAAUAAUAACAAAACAGUCGGCUGCAAAGUUAGGUUCUGAACCAGAUUUGAUCAAGUCAGAAAAAUCGCCUCAGAGCAGAAGGCGACGAUACCAUUCGGAAAACAUGCAUGAAAAGGAAAAUAGAAAAUCGCCGUCUGUUGCCUCAGUGGCGAGUGAUUAUACUCGGUCAGAUGGAUUACUUACUCCCGUCGAAAAUAAAUUGCAUGUUCAUGGUCAUUUUAACAGUUGCCCUGAGAGAAAAGAACUUUUUAUUCCGAAUGGAUAUCCUCACGUUGAUAUAGAGCCAUAUCCUCAUGCAAGUGAAUGAAUCAUACGUUCGAUAUGAAUGAAACAUUUUAGACAUUGUUAAAGAUUAACAAAUAUUUUGAAAUUUAUGCCAAUUGGCAAAUAUAUGAA